AUGGACCCAUCGAUGCCAAUUAUUAUCGACAACGGUACCGGUUUCGUAAAGACUGGUUACGCAGGCUCUAAUUUCCCGGAGCACGUAUUCCCCUCAAUCAUCGGUAGACCAAUCCUCAGAGCAGAGGAGAGAGUCGGCAGCGCUGAGAUAAAGGAUCUCAUGAUUGGCGAUGAGGCCGAGAAGUACAGAACUUUCCUGCAGGUCACUUCACCUCUUGAACACGGUGUCAUCAAGAACUGGCCUGAUAUGAAGAAUCUCUGGGAUUAUACCAUUUUCGAUAAGAUGCGUAUCGAUCCUAGCGGUAGAAAGGUUCUCCUCACUGAACCUCCAAUGAAUCCACUCGCCAAUAGAGAGAAGAUGUGCGAGGUCAUGUUUGAAGAAUACGGCUUCGAUUAUGUCUACAUUGCUAUCCAGGCUGUUCUCACUCUCUAUGCGCAAGGUCUUCAAACUGGCGUCGUCGUCGACUCCGGUGACGGUGUUACCCACGUUGUCCCCGUCUACGAAGGUUUUGCUCUCCCUCAUCUCACUAAGCGUCUCGAUGUCGCUGGUCGCGAUGUCACCAGAUACCUCAUCAAGCUUCUUCUCAUGCGUGGAUACGCCUUCAACAGAACUGCUGACUUUGAGACAGUUAGAGAGAUCAAGGAGAAGCUUUGCUUUACUAGUUAUGAUCUUGAGUCAGACAAGAAGCUCGCCGAGGAUACAACCACCCUCGUCGAAUCUUACACUCUCCCAGAUGGCCGUGUUAUUAAGGUAGCCAGUGAGCGUUUUGAGGCUCCAGAGUGCAUGUUCCAACCGCACCUCGUCGAUGUCGAGCAGCCUGGUAUCGCUGAAUUACUCUUUAACACCAUCCAAUCCGCUGCAGUUGACACGAGAUCUGAACUCUACAAGCACAUUGUUCUUUCCGGUGGUAGCAGUAUGUAUCCAGGUCUUCCGUCACGUCUCGAGAAGGAAGUCAAGCAGCUUUACCUCCAAAACGUCGCUGGUGGUAACCCGGAUCGCUUAGGCAACCUCAAAAUUCGUAUCGAAGAUCCACCACGGAGAAAGCACAUGGUUUUCGUUGGUGCUGCUGUUCUUGGUCAGAUCAUGGCUCAGCGCACAAACGAUUUCUGGGUCUCCAGACAAGAGUGGAUGGAAGAGGGUCCUAGAGCGUUGCAAAAGCUUCAUUAA